UCGUUGGAUCCGUGAUAGUAGAGGUCGUCUGCACGUAUUUGCGUACGAAGUUUACUAGCGCGAAAGGAUAUUCCUUUGUCCUUAUCUUCGAGGACUUGCCCUCGUAUUAUGUUUCCGCGCGAGAGCCGCAAUCAACACCGGCCUUCUGACGAGCCGGACCGCGUGCACCGUGCUGCAUUCAUUCGAAAUUCUAUUCGUUUUGAGAAAAAUUGUGUCGGCUACCGCUCCAAUCGUACUCGUUGAGCGAUUUAAAUUUGUGUGAGACUGUGAAAGUAGGACCGCAGACACCGGACACUAGAGUGAGCGUGGACUGUGAGCAUCAUGUCGACGGGAAAGCGGCUUGCGAAGCGGUCCAUCAUCGGGACGCGCGUGGCGGCGCUGGACGAAGAGGGAAUAUACUGCUCUGGUAUGAUCCAGGCGGUGAAGACGCCGGCGCCGUUCCCGGAAAACAUCAACAGCAACUGCAUCAACCUGACGCCUAACACCCGCUACACGGUGCGCUUCGACGGCGGUCGCGGCAGCCGCGAGUACCGCGACACCGAGCUCAUCGGGCCCGGCUUCCGCGGCCUGGCGGGCGUUCGCCUGCGCGCCGGCCAGCGCGUCUUCCUCACCUACAACGGGCGCGAGGUGCGCGCCGACGUGCUCGCGCACGAUCACACCACGGACGAGCUCCGCGUCCAGGUCCACGCGCCCGGACAGGAGGCGCCUAUCGAGCUAAAGAAAAGACUUGAUGAAAUAAGACUGCUAGAGUCCCGCAAAUCUGCAAGACUCGCUGAUGUUGACACAGACUUUGCCAGACUUGCAGACAUGGCCAGUGGUGACCGCCGUCGUGCCUCCGCCACCAUCGAAGUGCCUGCUCAUCAUAUGCAAGGAUCGCGCAAGCGCCGACCCAGCAGUUCGUGCGACUUGGGCUACGGCGAGCGCGACGACCAGAUGAACGAGUGCAACGCUGCGCUGGUACUGAUGUCGCUCAGCUGCUCGCCUAACUCGCCGCGUCCGAAUGGGUGGGGCGGCCGAUCGUCGGUGUCGCCGGGCGCCAGCAGCAGCUCGGGCUCGUCGUGGCGCUCGGGCACGCCCUCCCCGCCGCCCGCCUCCUCCUCCUUCAGCGACGAGGGCAUAGCUAUGGACUAUGAAGAUCUCCACCCCCGCAAGAAACGGGUUAACAGUGUAGUGUUCGAGUGCACCUGGAGAGGCUGCGGGUACAUCACUAACUCCUGCUCUUCGAUUGAAAGUCAUAUCAGACUCACGCAUUUAGGCCCUAAGAAAGAAGGAGAAAGCGACCACGAAGAGGAGUUCUACUACACUGAGCGUGAGGUGCCGGCGCCGGCCGCGCCGCCAACGCUCUCGCACCGGGAUAUGUGUCGCCCGCCGCACGAGGACCCUGACUACCAGCGCCAGCUAGUCGGCUCCUACAGGCAAGGACUACUGUCUACACUACAGAAUGGAAAUGCGAGGCCUAUUAGUAUUCCAGUAUCUCAUUCCUGGUCCAAUUCACACUCUCCGAAACACAUGCGGCUGUCAGCGGCGAACAGCUCGCCCAGUAGCCCGGGGCGGCGCGCGCGCUCCGACAACAAGAAAUGCCGCAAGGUGUACGGCAUGGACCAGCGCGAGCUGUGGUGCACGCAAUGCAAGUGGAAGAAGGCUUGCACGCGCUUUGGCGACUAGCGGCGACGCCGCCACCUCGCCGAUGCGCGCGCGCAGCUCUACCACAAGUAACUCGAGCCUGCUCAAUACCGUUCGCCCGUAGCUGGCACGCUUUGCUUCCUGAUGGGCGAGGCGAGGUGUUUGGACAAUUGUGCGCGAGUCGUAAUAACACUAGGUGACAAACGACAGUUUUAUAUAAGGUAAAGUAGGCAGACGAAUAAGUAUAUAUGCGAUAGAUAUAAAUAUAUUAAAAUAUUUAUUGAGUAUAUAAACUUAAAGGAGACAUAUUUUUUUCUCUAAAUUUGGGCCGUUAUUUAAAUACAAUAUGGACAUUGCCCACGUAUUUUUGUAAAACAGUGAACAUCGCCUUAAAAGAACUCAUGUUAAAAGAGCUCUUAAAUGUAGCCGAACUCAUGGUAGAGAAGGCAGGGCCAGCCGCGCCGUUGGUCGCCGCGACACCGCAACCGCGCGCGGCGCUCGCGCCGAAACCCAGACUGUGAAUAUUUCGUACUACUAAGUUCUUAAUGUAAGUUUAGACUGACAUAUAGAUCAGUGUGAAAAUAUUCGUUUUAUUACAUCACUUAAGAUCACCGGAUUAUUUAUGAGUAGGUAAGAUACCAUUCUCAUAUUUAAAACUAUAGCUUUUUCAAAAUGACCAUUGUUCCACACCAUUAAAAUGAUUUUUACUUUUAGGUUCAUUAUAAAGACAAAAAUCCGUCCACAUUUUCAAAUGUGCUUUUAAAUAGUUAUAUAAAAAUCAAUGUUUUCACACUGCUGAAAAAUGGCAAGUAGAUUUACGUAAAUACAUAAUUACAUGAAUACUUUAGUGAUAUUUAUCACUUAAUAUAAAUUAUGUAUAUUGACUGAAUAUUUAGAUAAUAAUAAUAAGAGGAUCAUAAUGUCGUAAUAUAUAAAAUAGACUAAAGUAGUUAUAAGAAAUCGCUAAUUCGACGAAAAGACUAUUAUAAAACACGUUUAGAGUUAAAUUUUUGAACAUAUCUGAGUCGUAUGUUGUACUACGUGAACAAGGAGACAAUACUCAAAACAGAAGGUCGCAACACGAUAUCGGCCCGCACCCAUGCGUGAAGGCGCUCCUGCUCCGCGUCCGCGUCCCGCUGCGGCGCGCACACGCCGCUCCGGGCCGUUAGCCACCCGCGCACCGAGCUCUGCCCGACUCCGACCCGGGAACGAUGAUGCGGACGCCGCGUGCAUACCGGCCAUACAUUCGAUUGUAAAAUUGUUACUUAAUGAACACCGAACUACAAUGAAACAUUGUGCAACUAACGUGCCCGAAAUAAGAUUAUUUUACAUUUGUGAAAAGAAUACAAGAUUAACAUAAAGUUAAGGUGAUUGCUAUUUGCAAUAUUAUAACAAAGAUAAGUAUUACUAUAUAUUGAAGAAUAAAUAUGUACAUAAAUAAAUAUUACCUACGUAAUGCAUUCAUAUAUAAUGGUUAAAUAAAGCAAUGUUCAUAUUUGUACAUAAUUAUAAUAUUUACUAUAACUAACACUAUAAUUACUGUUACUUAACAAAGUUGUCUUAUCGAAUAUGACACGACACGAAAAACAAUUAUUAUUGAAUAUGUAAAAUUAUGUUGUGUUUUAUACAUGUAUAGACGUCUCCAAAUCACCGUUCAGCCAGCGUUAAUGGUUCUAACGGCCAACAAUGAAGUGGCCCGCGUGCCAGCACCGCGCCGAGACCGCGGCGGACGCGCGUCCGUUACUUCUAGGACCCCAUAUCGGUUCACGCGGAAAAGUUUCAAAAUUUGUCCUCCGAUAGCUCGCAACUAUCUUAUAUGUGCCAAUUAAAUAAGACCUUUUGGUUAUUGGGUAUCCUACGCUUGCAGUACAUGAUGCUAGAAUAAUUCUGCACGUUUGCUUAACAAUCUGGAUUAACAAUAGUGGUUGGUGAGGGUCAAUUCAAGUCUUCCAUGGUGCAACUUUUUAUAAUACAAAAGCUUAGAUACUUCAUUGUCAUCACGAUACAUUUUCUAUGUUCAAUUGUCAUCUUGGCUAGGCCCCCAGGAAUAUAUGAUUUUAUUAUUUUAUUUUACGCUUAUUAUUGAAGAAGUGCAAAAAUAUCAAGGAAAUAAAAAAAUCUCAACACUUGGUUUCCUGAUACAGGACUUUCUAUAUAAAACAUAUGUAACAAACUGAUGUACUUAUAUGUAAUUAAACCCAAAUAACGAUGAUAUUAUAAUGUUAAAGCAAUAAUUCGAUGUUUCUCGUACUGAUACAACUUUGAGCUAUAGAAAUACCUUUUUCAUACAGGUUGGCCCUAAAAAUACGUGAUACUUAAACCUUUUUUGGGAACAUUUUUCUUACAUACACCGCUUUUACAAAUAGUCCUUAAAAAUGAAUACUACAAUAAUUUAACCAAAACAAAACGCAUUGUCGUCAAAAUAUUCUCCUUCGAAGUAUUCAACAAAAUGCGGCUGGUAAAAAAAUUGUCGUAUUUUUGGGCUAACCUGUAAUGUUCUAUUGCAAUAAAAUGUUAAACAAUAAGGUCAAUAAAAAUAAAGUCCAUCCUACUGCAGCUGAAAUGCACUAUUGCCAUAGAACUCGACCAAACGUGUGCAUGCUUUUAUUUAUUUCUGUUAAUUAAUACAGUAGGAAAUAAUAUUAGCACUAGUAAUAGGUUUAGAUUAAAGUAUAUUCACCGUAUAUAAAUCGUUGAAAUACUAUGGUCGGCUAUCAUGAUUGAAUAAACAAUCAAUGCAUGUUAGCAUUUGCUCACAGAAAACUAAUGUCUAUAAGACUAGUGAGCUUUUUAAAUAUGAUGUGUGCCUUCUUUUCGCUACGCAGUGCUAUAAAUUUGAUACACUACAGCCGAGUAAAACGAAACCUACAUAGGUACAGAUACUUAGCAAACUGCACAUCAAUAAAUAGUAUCAUUCAAAAUGGCAGGCACAUACUAUGUAUAUUACAUGACUCAUUGGUGAUUAGUCCGUGUUGCACGUUUAGUUAAACAGGAGGGGUAAGAAUAGGAGGGACAUAAAAGCCGCCUGGUUUGUGGUUGUAUCCCUGCAAUGUUGAGCACGCAGCGACAGACUGGCGCUCGAGACUCCCCUGCCUGAGUUUGCUAACUGUGUAACGUCUAAACUGAAUCCUUUUUCCACUGCUCGUGACAACUUGCAAUAUGAAUAUCAUUGUUUCUACGUACCAAAGAAAUUAUCAAAGGUCUUGCUCGUGGUAAUCUUUUCAUUAAACUAACGAAAGCUAAUAAGUGAUAAUAUCAGUUUUCCUUGAGUUAAGAUCAAUUAUUUCGUUUAAUUCGGCAGCUCCAACGUCAGUUCAAAUUCAACUCUAAAAUAAUUGCGUAUAUUGCAAUUACUUAACAUUUCCGCAGUAAUAUAAUGUUUAUUUAAUUGUUUUUCGUACUCCACAAUAUCCCUACUCCUAUCGUUUUUCUUGUCACAACUAAGGAAUGUAGUCUUAUGCUAAAUAACUAUUUAGUUUAACUGAGCAACUUAGACUCGACUCCCAUUAAACUCCCAUCCUACUUUCAGAGAUAUUUAUAAUCGUUUAAUAUUAAAAACUCAGUACUCAAAGUAUCGGGGAUGUUAUUUGCACUUUCUUUAAGCUCUCCAUGUUUACUUUCGUAUCUAAAUGUUACAUUUCAUUAACAUUUUAUUGGGUGAGGCGAGAGGUGGGUUGCAUCGACAAUAAUCGCCAGCUUACCCUUAUUACAAUUCGUACACUUACUUACACAGUAUCCACAUCAUACAACGAAUUUUAAAAAACUGACCAAGAUCUCUUUCAUUUACAUAAUCUUAAUUUGAUUCUUGCCUUACAAUUUACAUACAUUUUAACGACCUCUAUUAAAGAGGAGGUUCUCGAUCUGAUUUUUCUCAUUACAUUAAUACAUGAACAAUAUUGUCCGUCUUCAGUCCCUGCUCCUUAGUAGCCGUCCGCCCGUCGUAACAGUUUGACAAAGUUUCAGUCAGUAGGGUCAAGUCCGUUCAUGGGACAAUUGCGCCUAUGCGACGCUUAUAUUAAGUAUAACGGAUCACACUUCUACCGAGACCGCACUUAUUUCAAUAAGGAAUGGAAGGAGCGGUCACGCUAGAAGGCCUCCAUCCUUUAUUCCAUGCUUUGCCUACUUAUAAUCGUCGAAUUGGCAUAGUUACUCCACACUUCAAAGGCAUACACACUUGUUCCGACUGACCUUAAUUGCCUGAAUAUGCCUAAUGUACGCCACUAAAAUAAGUGUAAAGUGAGCAUGAAACAUCAUACGGAAUCAUUAAUCUAGCGUUUUUUUUUUCUUAUCGAGUGUUAUGAUUUUUACGUACCUGCAAAAAUUACCAAAUAUGAAUUUGAUUGCAAUAAAGGUUGUGAUAGAAGCAUGAAUGUCUUGUCAAGUUGACAAACCCUCUCGCCGCGACGUCCCGGUGGGACGUAGACAACGAACUCCGCGCUACACGCUCGAUCCGUUUCGGUAGAGUAGAUUGUAGGCUAUAACUACAACUCAGCUAGCGAAUUGACAACUGCCAUAUUAUAAGGACCUAGAUGUAAACGCGGUUAUCUAAAUAGUAAGAUACUUAUAAGUGUUAUAUUAAGUUAAAGUCAUAAUAAUAAAUAUAUAGUAUUGAGUAUGCUAGCCUAGCUGCAAUAAGAUUAAAAUAUGCACAGUCAUAGUUUGUUGUGCUGAUCUAAAAUUACUGGAAAAUAUUUGAGAAAAUAUUUUUUGCCACUCGCUUCAACAUUGUAAUAUCAAAUUGGCGUCAAAAAGAAAGUCGACAGUACAAACUAUUUUUAUUUCAUUGUUAAUGUAAGUUAUGUGUUAGUAUUGUGCAAAAAGAAAAAUAUUGUAAUAAGCAUGUUUAAUGGGUUCUAUAUCUCCUUCAUGCCUUGUGUAGGAUCACCUAAUACUCAUCUCGAAGUAAGAAACGCGGUGUCGAAUGCACUUCAUUACUAAUGUCAGUUGCAUGGGUAUAGAUAGACAACAACGGCAAGGAUAUCUACUAGAAGUUGACAUGUUUGAGGAAUCGUCGGAAGCUGGGUGUUCGCCUUUCGACGAUUGUGUGUUUAAAUACUUCUUUUGUAAUUCUAAUACUAGUUUCGUAGUUUUACGGUAUACCGAUCUCAAUAUUAUACCUACGCGAAGCUAUUAGAUGUAGAAAUACAUGGUAUUAAAGAUUGUUUUAUGUUGAAUAUUUACUGUAGAACAUAAUUAUUUUUGGAUAAUAAAGACAACUUUAUUUUUAUUGCGCUAUUGUGUACAUAAUAAUGCCUAUUUACUAGUUUUGUUAGCUAAAUUUUGCUCAAUUUAUUACACUCUACGCCAAAGUCAUACUAUUAAAAAAAUAACUUAAACAUAUCAGUACAAAAAGCAUAAUCUGUACCUAACCGCUCAUUAGGUAAGAGACUUGAGAACGGUAAACGACGAGCUGUUAAUAAAGUAUAAGAACUCCCAGUAAGCCCGUGCUUCUUCGUCUCUUCGCCGAGACAUAAAAGUCACGUAGUACUUUAUGCCACUUCGGGUAAUUUUACAGUUUUAUGGUUGCCGAAAGUUACACAACGUCAAUGAGGUAAAAACUAAAAGGUCACUGCAGGCGCACUGUCGCUUGACUUGAAACGUAUCUAUUGGCUAUCGAAAGUGUUUAAUUUCUUCGGGUUGCCUCUAUAUUGGUGUAUGAAAUUAAAUAAGGUACACUACAAUAAUAAUAUCUUCUCCAUUCUUUCUAUGGCCGAUCUCGACGAAUCUCUAACGUUUAAUUAACGAGUAGGUACAUUUUCUGUUUCGCUUUCUUCCUUUAAUAAAUAAAUAGCAAAUGUUUAUGCAAAUGGUUUGAAUUGCAGGCGGUAUGGGUUAUUUCCACUAGUUACCACCAGAUAGUUGCCAGUGGCAACUACUGGAUUUAUUUCCCACCUUUUACCAACUUUUAACAACUUGGUGGUAACUAUUGGGAAUACCCUGCGGUAUGCCAACCUGACAAAUGUCUGGUACAUCCCCUAGUACGUCUGGACAGAUAUAACUGCAACUUUUAACCUCAUUAUUUUCACAUUCGAGUCAUUUCGAAUCCGAAUACUUCCCACAAAGUACUCUGUUCUGAUGGAAUUAUAGGUGAAUUCUGAAAUUGGACGACACUUCGAAUCGACUCAGAAUUAUUCGAAUACACCUAUUGUACGUUUUUUUAGCAUUAGAAAGAAGGUAAGCGAAUUUAACGUGUUUUUUUAUAUUUCAAACACGUUUGAAAAAUAAAUAGGUCAAGGCAAAUAUGUAACAAUUAUAAAUCAUAUAUACGAUUAUUUACUUUCUUUUGGUUUCAUAAGUAAUAGUUACUAAUUUUAAAAAAGUGUAUUUUGUGUACCUACUUAAUGUUAAGCGUGUGCCCUUACGUAGACCCGAUACUUAAAAAAAGCAAUUAUGAUUGUGCUACUUUUCGUCACUAUUACAUAUUUGCAGCAUUCCGAAGGCGUUACCACUUUAUACUUGAGUUUAUACGGCUACGAUCAUUACCCAUAUAAUAUUUUGUAUCGAUUGUACCGAUUUGUUUACAUGCCACGAAAUAAAGCCUCUUCAAGUCUUCAUUCUUAGCAACCAUAGUUUUUUAUUCCAAAAGUGCACUAAGAUAGAAGUACUAGUGUUCGACGCUGCACUAGUACUCGACAUGGGCACUUUAUGUUUAAGUGACAAGGAUUAAGUUCGAAUACAGAAAAAUCUUCGUUGUUCAAAUUUGACCUAUAUUUCCAUGAAAUAAAGUGCCCAUGUCGGUGACUAGUGCAGCGUAGAGCACUAGUACUUCUACCUUAUACUUUGGUGCCCUUAUACCCCGUAGGUAAUCGUAUGUUCGACCGGGUGUCGAUAAACAGGUCACCACGGCACGCCACUGUAUGUCACUAAUGUCACGAUUCAGAUGUUUGUUGAUUGCAAUAGUUCUUUUUUUAUGUUUUAUAAUAGAACCAUUUUUAGAUAUUAUGUGUAUUUUGUACGUAGAAUAUUAUUUACGGAUAAAAUAUUGUAUAUACCUCUGUUUUUUAUUAUUUGGUAACUUGAUUUCACUGUGCUUCUUAGAAAUCCCUUUUGAUAUUUUGGUAAAAUAAUUUGUCUAUAAAGCAAACAUUUGUUCUGUAUCUAGUAAUAUAUAGAUUAAAAACUACAUAUAUAAUUUCAUAAUAAACUUUACCGUUCGAAUGUAAAGAUUUUAAUUAUAUGAUUAAGUAGUUGUAAUUUAAGAAAAUGUUAUGUUUGUAAAUAAAUCGUUUUAAUGUUCCCAAAAAUUGAUUUAUCGUCAAUAACUAUAUGUGGGCAAUUAUUGUUUCUGAAAAUAUGUCUCCUGUGUAGAAAUAGGAACGUAGGGGUGUAUUCCAUAAAACGCGUGUCGGCAACAGCGGCGCCGGCGCCCGCGCCUACCGGCGCUCGACCGCCGGCUGCUCGGCACACGUUUUAUACAUUAUUUGGUCAAAGGCUUUGUUUCAAAAAUGUAUCACUUGGAGCAUUAUGUAUUAAGAUAUCGUUAUAUGUAACUUUAUUUCCGGUUACACUUUACACAUCCUGUUUAAGCAAGACUCUUCUCAAAUUAAACCGAGAACGUGAUGAAAUAGCCUACAGCACAUUUUAUGAGCACCUCACCCUAUAUGGUUUACUAUCUGUAUAUUUAUAUAACGAUGUCGCGUGUAUCAUCUUGGCCAAAAAUCUGGCGAAUAUGACUCGAUUUGGAGUUAAUAGUACGUAGUUUCGCUUGAGCCGCUGAAGCAAUGAUUUGAUUGAAUGGUUACCAGUAGUUUUAAGGUUGCAACGUGACGAUCAAAGGUGUUGUACUGCGCGAAUCUGUACCGCGCCGCGCCGGUCGGUCGCGCUGGACUCAAUAUCACAGCAGUUUACCGGCACUGUCAGCUCGAAUGCGUGUCAUUUUAUUCAUCUCAUAUUCUAAUAAAUCCUCUUUCAAUCCCAAUGUUCUCAAUGAAUCAUUAUUGUUGUGUUAAAGAGGCAUUACUGGAUUCAAUAACUAGCUGGCAGUUAUUCUAUUGUGAUAUUUAUAUUUUUAUUUAUUAUUUUUCUAGAUUAUUAUUUAUAUUUUUAAUGUUGGAUGAGCGUGUUUGUUACAUUUUACUGAGAAUCGUGUUAGUAUAGAUAAAGUUAUUUUAUAUUGUAAUGAGAAAAGGUCCAGAAUGUGUUCCAAAUAAAUUGAUUUUGUCAAGUAUAGAUAUUAAAGAUUAUAUUAUAAAAUGUUUUCGUUAAUAUGUUACAAAUAUAAUCGUUUAGAUUGUCAUAUUAUAAUCAAAAUUACCUUUAUUAGCAGUGAAGCUAACACAACACAAAAUUUAAUAAAUAUAGCAUUGUUGCAAAAAUUGCAACCCCAAGCUCUCUAUAGCAAACUAAACUUACUAUUAUUACUGUAUACUUUACUCCUUUUUGAAAUUUAACUGCGAAAAAAUGUAUCUAGAGACUUACCCACUUACAACAAAAAUGGUACAGAGAAAGUAAAUGAAUUCUUUAUCGAAAAAUGUUAAAAUACUACUGUAAAAUACCGUCAUGCUAGUGCUACACCUGGUAGACUAUUGCCUGAAAUAUUAUACCUCAAUACGUUUAGAAUGAAUUUUGCGUGUCUUGAAAAUAUAUAUUUUAAUUAUUAGUAUAAA